AUGUCAAAAGCCGUUUUCUCGCCCAGCGAUCCAGCCUCGCCUCUGUCGAUAUCACCUCAUGAAACCGCUGUCUUGCUCAUGGACUAUCAAAGCAUGACCCUUGCGACGGUUGGGGAUGUGGCGGCCACCGGUGUCAUAAACAUUGCGUCACAGAUGCGCGACUGGGCACUCCAUAAAGAGAUGACCGUCUUCCACUGCCUCGUCGAUGCCUCGCCCGGUUCAAAGCCUCCAAAUUAUUCGAGGAUCUCGGCUAUAUGGAAGAUGUACGAAGCCCAAUUUGUUGAAAUGCCUUGGCUGGCCCAUGAACCGGAGACACUGGCGGCCAGAAAACAUGUCGAUCGGGAGCUCACCGUGCUGAGAACACCGGGCUCCAUCUCGGCCCUUGAGUCGCAUGGACUGAUGAAUAUGUUGAAAGAAAAGGGAAUCAAAUCGCUCAUCAUCGGUGGGAUCAGCACUUCUGGCUGUGUCCUGAGUACUGCUCGCGCCGCGACAGAUCAUGGGUACAUCGUGACUGUGAUGGAGGACGCAUGUUUUGAUCCAGUUCCGGGCUUGCAUGGCAUGCUGGUCACACAUGUCUUGCCAGUCAGCGCUCACGUGGCGACAUCGUGGGAAAUUCAGAACGCAUGGAAGAUUCUAUAG